AUGCCGUUUCUCCACCCGCCGAGAUUAUUCCAACCCUUGUGGAAGGAAUGGGACUACAAGGCCCAAAGGAAGGGUUUUACACGCAACGUGUAUUCCGUUAACGGAAAUGUGUAUGCUGGGGAGUGGUUGAACAACAAAAAGCACGGCAAAGGUCUCUACACGUGCAAGAAGACCAACACAGUGUACACAGGGGACUGGCUGGAGGAUAAAAGAAGUGGUCAGGGGACGUUGACAAAUGGCAAAAAGAAGGGUCUGAAGAAAGAAUACUGCGGCGGCUGGAAGGAUGGUCUCAGGCAUGGCUAUGGGACUCUGUUUUACUCAGAAAAAGAGUUCUACGAAGGAGAAUGGUUAGCAGGAAAGAAGUCCGGCUGGGGCCGCAUGUUCUACAAAGACGGAACCAUCUACGAAGGGGAGUGGGCCGACGAUAAGCGUUGCGGUCAGGGUUUGCUCCAGAUGAACAAUGGGAAUCGAUAUGAAGGGACAUGGGAAAACAACGUUAAGAAUGGAUGUGGCAAGUUAUUUUACUUAGAUACGGGCCAGGUUUUUGAAGGUGUCUGGAAAGAUGACAUUCCUAAAUGUGGAGUCAUGCGGGACUUCGGAAGGGACAGUGCUCCUUUCCAAACUCCAUAUCCAAUCCCAGAAAUCAGAUUAGCCGACCCUGACAGUGUCUUAUCGCAAGCUGAUAUGUUUCUGAAAAUUCAGGAUACUGACAUAUAA